CUUUCAAAGUCUCAAUAAAACUCUGCAUUCCGUGUUGGGAUACAUCCGAUACAAACACACGUUUUCCUUAUUGAUAAUUAAAAUCAUAGGACUAAGUUAACCCAAAUAUAUACAGUAUAUGGUAUAUCCAAAAUAUUGAGUUUUAAGUGUGUUGACCAAGUAAGAGAAAACAAAAAGAAGUAUUGACCGGUAUUUAAUCCUGGAAAAAAGAUAUGCAUGCAACACCUUCCCAAUACUAAUCAGAUUCACACGCAAAUUCAUAGGAUACACACCUCACGUUUUGCUGUUGAAAAACAUAAUCGAGAAAGAAACUUAAAAUCACAUAAAUCUUUUGAACAAAAUGGGUAGGUGAGAAUUGACACCAAUCCAUUGCUCUGAGGUGAGUAAAUUAUGCUCAAUCUGAAUGGUAUUAAAAUAUUUACUCUUUCAAGAGAGGGAGGAGAAAUAAAGGGGGAAGAAUAGUGUCUCCUAUUCUAAGCCAUUCCAGAUGAGUGACCAGACUGACAAAAUCAAAAUUUUCAUAUAAAUACGAGAGAGAGAUGAUGGCAUGGAGGACUCGUUCACACAGAGCCUCUCACUCUCACCCACUUGGAAUUGAAUUCUGUGUGUUUGUUUGUUUCGUUUCUAAUUCAAAACAAACGCACCCUCUUCUUCCUCUUCCUCCUCUGAAAUCUCUGACCGACCCGAUAGUUUAGUCACAAUAUCUGCAUGCGUACGUUUUUGUUUGUUUCCAACCCCAUUGAUGUAGAGCAAAAUGAGGCAACAAAAUCCUCAAACUUUUAUUUUAUAUAAAGCCGAGACACAGACUCAGUGAAGCAUCCUAUGCCCUUAUCCCUAUUUCCUCUGCUGGUUUCUUAUACAACCUUGCUAUUCUCUUGUGGGUCUUCUUCUUUGUUUAGCUGUUUAUAUAUAUAUAGCUCCCCCCAACUUCUAGCCCACCACCUUUUUUUGUCAAAAAUGGAACAUUGAGGGAGAAAAGCUUGAAUCUUUAGAGUACAUUUGUAUUCUGGUGUUGGUUUUGGUUUAGAGGGUGAAAUAAUCAUGGCUAUUGAGGCGCAGUUGUAUUCUGACAGUCUUGGGUUUCCGAUGUUUGGUUCACAAGCACAGGAUUUGAUGGUGGACAACAAUGUUUGCGGUGGGUUUAAUCAGUUCUGUUUCAAUGCUCAGCAGAAACCGCCGCAGCUACAGUACCAGCCACCGCCGUUGAUUCCUGGUACUCUUGUUCCUGCUCCUCAUAACAACAACUACAUGGCUUAUACUCGACACGGUAUUGCAGCUGAGGAGGCCAAGCAAAGACAGGAGAUUGAUGACUAUCUCAGAUUACAGAAUGAGAGAUUGAGAUUGAUGCUGCAAGAGCAUAGCAAGCGGCAAGUCGCAUUGUUGUUGAAGAAAGUCGAGUGCAGAACAGAGCUAGUAAUGAAGCAGAAGAAUGAGGAGAUAGCACAAGCGGUCAAGAAGAGAAUGGAGCUCGAAGAUUUCUUGAGGAAAUUGGAGGCUGAAAACCACGCGUGGCAAAGAGCAGCUCAGGAGAACGUGGCCACGGUCAUGUCCUUAAACAACACUCUUGAACAGUUCAGGGAGAGAGCCACUCGUGGUGUCAUGGAAGAUGCAGAGUCUUGCUGUUGUAGUGAACAAGAGGAGGAGGAAGAAGAAGACACAGGUGAUUUCAGAGGAGGAGGAGGUUUUGAUAAUGGUGUUGUGGGUGACGAGAUAAAGAUGAUGAUAUGCAAAGGCUGCAAUUUUGAAAGGUCGUGUGUCAUGUUUCUCCCUUGCAGGCAUCUUUGUUCAUGCAAAGCCUGUGAAGUUGGUUUUGAUGCUUGUCCUGUUUGCUCGACGCCAAAGAAGGCUAGCAUAGAGGCAUUGAUUUUCUAGGCUGAAAUUCCAGGAAAAAAUGGGGAGAUAGAAACAAGGGGAAGAGCGAAAGGGUUUGAAGGAUUAGCAGUGGUGAUGAUCAUGGUGCUAUCAAUGGGUGAAACAGAACAGUGAACAGAGCCAACUUCAAUGCAAUGCCAAUGGUGUAAAUGGGUUUUCUUAAUUUGCGUUUUCUUUUCCUUUUUUAGGGACUCUGAGUUUAGGCUUAGUUUGUAAACCUCUGAGAAAGACGAAAUGGAUAGGACAUACAGAACAGAGGGCAUCUUUUCCUUUCAUGGAGGUGUCUUGCUGCUUUUGCCUUUUUCAAAAUGUUGCUGUGUUUUUGUUGUGGUUUUUAUUCUUGGCAUGGUGGGAUUCAUCUGUUUAUUCAUAUCAAUCGGGAUUGCACAAAUUGGUCCACAACUAUUGACAGAAAGAUGAGCCAUCAGGAGAGGAUUGAAAACGUUCAGAUGAGAGAACAAGUCUGUUUCCGCGUUUUGUUUUCAUGCUAGAAAUGAGUCUUGUUCAAGUUCUAUGAGCUU